AUCGGAUUUCGAAUCGCCACAGUCUAAAUCGAACGUCAAACAUUGGUUUGUUGCUCUGAAUUCCAGUGUGGACUGCGCAGAAUAAUUCACAAACUACUAGCCCUUUGUUUCAAAUUUAUUUGUCUGUAUUCAUUUAGCAGUAGCGCACUAGUUCGCAACUCAUACAAUGUAUGCUUCAACUAUUUCUAGACCUCCUGUUAUUCAACCCUGUCCUUAUGGGACCCCCUCUCAUACGUUUUCCAGUUUCCUGAAAGAAAGUAGAGCGCCGCCGCUAGGGGACUAUACUAAAGAAGCUGACCAUUGGAGUCGUACAAGUUCUCAAACCAAUAGUAAACAGGGGCAUGAAAGAGUAGAUUAUCCAGAACAGUGUAAAAGGCUGGAAACGUGGAGGAUGUCAGUCUGUGAACCCUUUGUGAAACACAAAGGCCACAAGAAAAUGUCGGAAGAAUCUAGAAAGGAGAGAAAUCGAAGGCUUGCUAAAGAGUUUCGUGCAAAAAAGAAAAUGGAACUGCAGUUAUAUCAAAGAUGGGUUGCUUUUCUUCAGGGCGUUGUGAACGAGUUGAAGACGGAAAACGACAAGUUGCGCCAACUUGUAUCGGACACAAGUGCUUGUAGUAAGGAUAGAAUUCAGGAAAGUUCUGUUCUCUCCAUUAGUGAUAGAAGCAAAGAGGAGCAGGCAGUUACCAUUGAACGAAAGACGAAUCCCACGUUUCAUCAAGAUUUAGCACUCUUUAGUGACACUGCUUUGAAGACAAAGCAUAUUGCUACCACAAAUCUAACCAGUCUUCCUUGUAUCUUUGAUAGCAAUGGGAAUCCAUUGGAAGAAGGAUAUCCCUUGUCCCCAGUAUCCGAGCAAGUUAGUCCUUGUCGUAUUCAUGACAACGUAAAUUGGCAAAUGACUGAAAGGAAUCAAUCCAAUACAAACGCUGUUGAUAGAAAGAAGCGGUUAUCCACCGGUGAAACAUCUGUUUUGGGUAUCGACUCACUCGUACAUUUUUAGUGUCGAUUAGUGGUUGUGAAAUGUAUGUAGCUUAGCCUGAGUUUUCUUCUUUUGUCGAGCAAAAGUGAUACUAGAGAAUAUAAAUGUCUUUUCACAAUUGAAUUGGUUUUU